CCUCCUCAGUGCUUGCUCACAUUUCCAGCCCUCCUCCACACCCAUUAGACAUUUGGCGCCCAUCAUUCAAUCAAAAUGCCUUCUUCAAACUCGCCAACGUCUCUAACUCAAACUCAAGUGGUGGCCAAGUCCACCGUCUUCCCCGACCAGCCCUCCACACUCGGUGACCUCAAGCUCUCCGUCUCCGACCUCCCCAUGCUCUCCUGCCACUACAUCCAGAAGGGCCUCCUCUUCCCUCUUCCUCCUUUCCCCAUCCAACACUCUCUCAUCCCCCUCCUCAAAGCCUCUCUCUCCCAAAGCCUCUCUCGUUUCCCUCCCUUGGCCGGCCGCUUGACCACUUACUCCGACGGUCACGUUCACAUCACCUGCAACGACGCGGGCGUCGACUUCAUCCACGCCUCUGCCCCCAGUCUCUCCACCCGAGACAUUUUGGGCCCCACUGACGUCCCCAAUUGCGUCAAGGACUUGUUCCCCUUCGACCGCACCGUCAGCUACACCGGCCACCACAACUCAAUCCUGGCCGUCCAGGUCACCGAGCUCAGUGACGCUGUUUUCAUCGGCUGCGCUCUCAAUCACGCCAUCACCGACGGCACCUCCUUCUGGAACUUCUUCAACACCUUCGCGGAGCUCUGCAGACUGUCGUCAUCAUCACCACCUAAUGAGAACAAGAAACUGACGAUCGCGAAGCAGCCCGACUUCAGCCGGAGCUCCGUUAUCAUAUCGCCUGCCGUGCUCCGGUUCCCGGAAGGAGGUCCCAAAGUCACCUUCUCCCUCACUGAGCCUUUGCGAGAGCGAAUUUUCAGCUUCAGCAGAGAAGCGAUUCAAAACCUCAAAUCCCGAACCAACAGUAAGAAAUGGGCCGAAUUCCAAAACGACGACGCUUUAAUCAGCGCCGUUGAGAUUCUCGGGAAGCAGAGCAACGACCCCUACGAGAUUAACUCAAACGGCGCCAGAGUGACGUCAAUUAUCGAAAACUGGUUCAAGAACUCCAACGCCAAAACGACACCCGAAAUUUCGUCGUUUCAGUCGCUCUGCGCGCUCCUGUGGCGAUCCGUGACGCGUGCAAGGAAGUUGCCGUCCUCGAAAACGACGACGUUCAGAAUGGCGGUGAAUUGCCGUCACAGGCUGGAGCCCAAGCUGGACGCGUACUACUUCGGGAACGCAAUCCAGAGCAUCCCGACGUACGCGACGGCGGGAGAGGUGCUGUCGAACGACACACGGUGGUGCGCGGAGCAGCUGAACAAGAACGUGAAGGCGCACGACAACGAGAAGGUGCGAGGUGUGGUAGAGGAUUGGGAGAGGGACCCGCGGGUGUUUCCGCUUGGCAACUUCGACGGUGCGACGAUGACGAUGGGGAGCUCGCCGAGAUUUCCGAUGUACGACAACGAUUUCGGGUGGGGGAGACCGUUGGCAAUUCGGAGCGGGAGGGCGAAUAAAUUUGACGGAAAGAUAUCGGCGUUUCCGGGGAGGGAAGGUGCUGGGAGCGUUGAUCUUGAGGUGGUUUUGGCACCUGACACUAUGGCUCUGCUAGAAACGGACUCUGAGUUCAUGCAAUACGUGUCGAGCUGAGACUGUGGAUGAUGUCAUAUUUUCUAUAUAAAAAGAAAAGAAAAAGGGCUGUGGAUGAAGGGGAAAUGGUCGGGUGCGGUUGAUCAAGGACUCUAUUUUGAUCUGCACUCUGCUGUUGACCGUUGGAUUGUAUGGGUCCUUGGGUUGAACGGGGGUGAUUUGGUUUAGAGGCCAAUGGAUGGGGGGAUGUUGAUCUGUGUAUUUGUGACAUUUUGUUUCUUUUACUAAUGUGUGUGUGGUUUAGAUAUGAAUUAUAAUGUUAUUGACUUUUGUUUUUUCAA